AUCUGACAAUUGAAGGUUAAAGAGUUUCGCGGAUCUGUCAAGUGAAAAUCAGCUGCUUGGACGUCUCAAUUAUAAUUUAUCUCAACAAGUGCAAUCACUUCGCCAUAAAUUCAAUUAAAUUCCAGCUUCCUUCCCACCCACUCCACAUUCGGUCAUCAAAUGGUGUGAGCCUUGUAUAAGUGCGACUAGUCCGAGUAUCUUUUCAUUGAAUCUUUUGACGAUUUUCAUGGGUAUCUAAAUUGAAUGCGGCAGACUUACCUCUGUAACGUUCAGUAAUUGCUACUAAAUGUUAAUAAAUACGGUAAAAAUUUCUAAUUCACGAGUAAUAUCGAAAUACUUUGCAUUUAUAAUUGGUCGUCGCACGCUAACCAGCCUCUGUGAGCCGCCAAGUCAGUUGGGAGAUCACAAGCCAAAGGCAGAUAAGCAAUCUUGGAGACAAGGAUACAACGCAACAAUGGGCGACCCAAACCUAAUAUUCCAGGGGACCAUGGACAGAUUCAAGGGGAUCACAAUCGACUCUUGCAAGCAGAAGGAUUUCACAGUGAAUUUCGCUGAGAAACUCGAAAGGUCCCUCAAGUACUGGAAGGAGGUGAAAAACCGCGGAGUAUGGUUUAAGGUAGAUACAAAGGACGUUGAAUGCCUUCCAGUGUUGACUAAGCAUGGAUUCAACUUUCAUCACGCUCAAAAAGGGUUCGUUACCCUCUAUAAAUGGCUCCCAGAUGAUGAACAGGACAACGUUCCAGACUAUUCCCACACAAUGGUUGGAGUGGGAGCUGUAGUUGUCAACGAUAAAAACGAAGUCCUUGUUGUCUCAGAUAGAUUUGCAAUGAUUCCGGGAAGCUGGAAAUUACCUGGAGGGUAUGUUGAAGCACGGGAAUAUCUCCCAGAUGCAGCUAUACGUGAAGUUCGUGAAGAGACCGGCAUUAUUAGCGAAUUCCAAUCUUUGCUGAGCAUACGACAAUCGCACGGUGGUGGAUUUGGAUGCUCGGAUAUUUACGUUGUGUUCGCUUUGAAACCAUUGAGCAGUGAAUUGCAUCGUUGCGAAAUGGAAAUAGCAAACGUUGCUUGGAUGCCCAUGGAUGAAUAUCUGAAACAUCCUCACGUUCACGAGACAAAUAGGAAAUUUGUUCAUAAAUAUCUUUUCUUCAAAGAGAAUGGAAUUAAAAUAGAUUACGAAAAGGCACUGCAUCAAGUUCUGAAGAAGGAGUAUAUUUUGUUUAAUAUAGAGAAAUGUGAGUGGUAGGUUCCAAAGGUGUAAUUAGCUCAAUUUGUUUAAAAUAUUUGUUGAGAUUUCAAAUCGAAUUUUAUUGAGGUAAACUAAAGUGUGGGAUUUAUUUUCAUAAAGACAAAGAAAUAAAAAA